AUGAAGAAGAAGGGCGACAAGAAUCAAAACGUAAUGGGAGGCACCGGUUCUUCCUCUAAACGAAAAUCUUCUAAGAAGAAAAGCUCCAAGAAGUACUCUCAGGUUUCACGGAAGAAGACGAUUAGGAGAAAUGAAUCCAAGAAGCGUGGCCGUCGACAUGAUUCGGACGAUAAUUCAAUAAAUUCGGCUAGCAUUUCAGCCUCCUCUUCAGAAUAUGGUUAUAAGAGCAAAAAAAGUAAAUAUAAAAAGAGUCGACGCGAUUAUUCAAUUUCUUCUGAUGAUAAUUCUAUGAGUGCUGCUUCUGAUUCCCUGUCCAGUUUGCACAAUGAUUAUAGGAGUAGGAAAGCGAAAUCUGGCUCACAGCUUAGAAGGAAAAGAGCCCGUGAAAGAUCUAUCAGUCCUGAUAGAAAUAAGAAUUCACAUGAUGUUAAAAAAAGAAAAAUAUCAAAAAGAAGCCAUGAUGUUAAGCCUAAGAAGAAAUCCUUAAAGAAGUCCAAAAAACACAUGAGGGUGAGUUCUUCAAGCUCUGAUUCACAGAGCUUCUCCACAUACCGAAGUAGAAGUAGUGACAGGACUACGGAGAUAGGAAACGCAAAAGUAAUGUUUGAUAAGGAAAUAGAAAGAGCUAGCGGUAGGGAUGCAGUUAAGGUUCACAGAAAAUGCAGAGUUAGAUCUCCUAGUUAUUCUUCGUGUAGUCGGGAUAAUGACCAUAGUGUUAGUCAAACUGAGGUAAUGGCAACUGCAAAUAAUUCUAGGCGUCUAAGAUCAGUUAUUGUUGUUGUGGAACAACCUCAUGACAAAGAGGAAAACAAAUGGGGGCCAGAUCCGAAUAAAGAAGAGAUCGUGUACAAUGAUUUCCCUUCUCCUAGAAGCAUUGAAAGUGAUGAUGUGGGGCAUAAAGGGGAGUCGGAUUAUGAUUCUCCUGGUGAAUCCAAUAAGAAGAGUCGACUAGGAACUGUUAAAGGAGAAGAAGUAACGGAACGCUCAUUCACUGUAAUCGAGGGGAGUGGUCAAAAAAAUAAUACUGUGGAUACUAAGUCAAAUGAGGUUGAUUCAAAUACUUUUGAGAAGAAAAGAAUAACUGACGUUUCUGUUUCUGUGACUGAUCUAGGUGGGGAUGAUCAAGAGUCAAUUCUGAGGCAAAAAGCUUUGGAAAAUUUGAGGAAGUACCGAGGGGGGCUUCAAACAUGUACUACUAAUCAGAAAAUUGAUAAUGAGAGUGAUGUUAAUAAUUUUUCCAGUGCAGUGGCUAAUAUUAUUCAGAACAAAUCAACUAAGCAGGAUAGCUCUAAUGUUGUUUGUCUUACUCGAGAAACGGAUCAUAGUAGUACGCCCACAUUAAAAAGGAAUUUAUCUCAUCACAAAGAGAUUAAAAAAGAUAUAACAGGAGAACCAUACGUGGGGUUCUAUCCAAAUGUGAGAACCCCACGUUGGGUUCUCUUCGAGUGGACAGGAUAA